GGGAGAGCAGGUAGAUCUCAAACGCAACAUGAGAUCCCGCCAUAUACACAUGAUUGCCAUCGGUGGUUCCAUUGGCGCUGGUUUUUUUGUUGGCUCGGGAAGUGCUCUGCGCACAGGAUCUAAUUUCUUAGGGUCCUGCUUCUCUCUUUCUCGAUUUCUUCAUUAUUGGUAUCAUGAUGUUUAACGUUGGUAAGUCCAGACUGUCUACAGAUCCCUUCCUCUCCCCCCGCAGAUUAACAUCCUGU